CUCCUCUUCCAUGCCUCGGCCGCGAAGUCCCCUCGCUCGCGCUCCCUCAGUCCCCGCCGCUCUGCGAGGGAGCGCAGCCACCCCAGGCCUCUGCCGCCGCCGCCGCCGCCAUUUCCAGCCGCUUCCAGCCAUGGCAGAAACUGCAGGAAGAGGAUAUUAACAAAUGGGAAUGUCCUUCAUGAUGUCGAGAAAGGUGCCAUAGAAGCACAUGUUACGUACAGGACCUCAAGCUCCAUUGUGAACUCCUGUGAUGCUCUUCUGACUUCCUGAGGUGCCCUAUUUUUUAAUUGAAAACCCUGUCCCCAUACUAAUAACUUAGUGACUACGUGAAUUUUAGAGCAUUGUGGGAAACAAUGGGAAUUGGCAAGAACACCACGUCUAAGUCUGUUGAAACUGGAAGUCCAACAGAGGGCAAAUAUGAGGAUGAAUCCAAGCAUCCUGCUUUCUUCACACUACCAGUUGUAAUGAAUGGUGGAGCUACAUCAAGUGGUGAUCAAGAUACGGAAGAUACAGAGCUUAUGGCGAUCUAUACAACUGAAAAUGGAAUUGCUGAAAAGAGUUCGCUGGCGGAGACACUAGAUUGCAGCGGAAGCUUGGACGCCCAAAGAACGGACAUGAUAUACACAAUUGAAGAUGUUCCUCCCUGGUACCUCUGCAUAUUCUUGGGAUUACAGCAUUACCUGACGUGUUUCAGUGGCACUAUAGCAGUGCCCUUCUUGCUAGCAGAUGCCAUGUGUGUUGGAUUUGACCAGUGGGCUACUAGCCAGCUGAUUGGGACCAUAUUCUUCUGUGUUGGAAUCACAACUUUGCUGCAAACGACGUUUGGGUGCAGGUUACCUUUGUUCCAAGCCAGUGCUUUUGCAUUCUUGGCUCCUGCCAGAGCUAUUCUGUCUUUGGACAAAUGGAGAUGCAACAGCACAGCUACAAUGAUUACCAAUGGAACAACAGAACUGCUGCAUACGGAACACAUCUGGUACCCUAGGAUACGAGAGAUCCAAGGCGCUAUUAUUAUGUCAUCUUUGAUAGAAGUGGUGAUUGGGUUCCUGGGCCUGCCAGGAGCGCUCCUGAGAUACAUUGGACCUCUGACGAUUACACCAACUGUGGCUCUCAUUGGGCUUUCUGGCUUUCAGGCUGCUGGAGAAAGAGCAGGCAAACACUGGGGCAUAGCCAUGCUGACUAUUUUCCUAGUGCUGUUGUUUUCUCAGUAUGCCCGAAAUGUCAAGUUACCAUUACCCAUCUAUAAAUCAAAAAAAGGAUGGACUGCAUACCGGUUACAGCUUUUUAAGAUGUUUCCUAUCAUUCUAGCCAUUCUUGUAUCCUGGUUGUUGUGCUUCAUCUUCACUGUGACAGAUGUGUUUCCACCUGAUAGUACAAAGUACGGAUUCUAUGCACGCACUGAUGCUAGGCAAGGAGUGCUUUUGGUAGCUCCAUGGUUCAAGGUUCCUUAUCCAUUUCAGUGGGGAUUACCUACAAUAUCAGCUGCAGGUGUGAUUGGAAUGCUCAGUGCCGUGGUUGCUAGCAUCAUUGAAUCAAUUGGCGAUUAUUAUGCCUGCGCGAGGUUAUCUUGUGCUCCUCCACCACCAAUCCAUGCAAUAAACAGGGGCAUUUUCAUAGAAGGCCUUUCCUGUGUAUUAGAUGGAGUGUUUGGCACUGGAAAUGGUUCUACUUCCUCUAGCCCCAACAUCGGAGUCUUGGGGAUUACGAAGGUUGGAAGUCGGCGAGUGAUUCAGUAUGGGGCAGCCUUCAUGUUGCUGCUUGGAAUGGUUGGCAAGUUCAGCGCCCUCUUUGCAUCCCUCCCUGACCCAGUGCUUGGCGCUCUCUUCUGCACUCUCUUUGGGAUGAUUACUGCAGUCGGACUGUCUAACCUGCAGUUCAUAGAUUUAAACUCUUCUCGGAACCUUUUCGUUCUUGGAUUUUCUAUCUUCUUUGGACUGGUCCUUCCAAGUUACCUCCGACAAAAUCCACUUGUCACAGGAAUAGCCAGCAUUGAUCAAGUGUUAAAUGUUCUUCUCACUACAGCCAUGUUCGUUGGGGGCUGUGUAGCAUUUAUUUUAGACAACACCAUUCCAGGAAGCCCCGAGGAAAGAGGGAUCCAGAAAUGGAAGAAAGGAGUGUGCAAAGGCAGCAAAUCCAUUGAUGGCAUGGAAACUUAUGACUUGCCUUUUGGCAUGGAAUUUGUGAGGAAGUACAAAUGCUUCCGCUUUUUACCCAUCAGCCCCACCUUCAUGGGCUACACAUGGAAAGGCUUCAGGCAAAGCAGUGGCUGCCAGAGCACAGAGGAGGAGGAUUCUGAGGCUACUGUAUAGCCCCUGCUGCUGCAGCCCCCUGUCAUCCCGCUGUAGUGACAGACACCUCUGCAGUUCCUUGCUGACCUUGUUUUGUUUUACGUUUUUUGUAUUUCUGCAUUUUGAAUUCUGGAACCAGAGCCGAAACAGAUUAUAAAAAAAAUAGCUUUCCUAUUGUGGACAGUGAUAGCUAUCUAUAACGUCUCUCUAUAAUUACAUUGUGCUUUUUGUUUUGCUUUUAAGAAGUACUGUUAGAAUUGCUUUUCCUGAUUUUGGCGGGGCAACUACUGUUCUGUUGAACGUUUAAUCCAGAUCCAAAAUUGGUAAAUAUUGUAAACACAGCACUCAAGCAGGCUGUGUCUUUCCCAUUUUAUAGCUGAUACAUUCCAUUUUUUAUUUAACUCGCAUAAGCCCCCAGUCAUUUGUUGGCAUUAUUCUGGCAAAUUAUACCAAAGUGUUCCAUACUAGACAGUGCUUUCAGAGCUUCCCAGCAUUGUGUAUUGGAUGUACCGACAAGUGGUGCCUUUUGCAUGAGUUUCUGUUCCUAAGAAAGUGACAUGGCUCUGGGGUGCUUAACGAGUUCUAGCUGAGCACCUCUUGUGGACAGGGUUGACUGGGGCUUUGCCUCUGGCUGUUGACAAAUUGCACAUCCCUGAACCUGACAGAUUGCCUAAGCAGCUCACUUGUCUUGCACCCCUGCAGGCCAGUCUUUUUAAAGUGAUAUUUAUUAAGCACCCAAAUUCACUACUUCUCAAUGGAGAACGGUUGUCUCUGGAUUUGUACUGACCUGCUUCAGGCAGUUCUGCCUGUCCCAGAAGCAUCCUUCAGUUAAUGUUGCCUCCUUGUUUUCCUCCCUUUCUGAACUUAACAUGGGACCUGCUUUUAAAACAAGAGAGACCGUGUGUGCAUCACUGUCCACUGGGUGGUUUAACGGGUAUCAGGGGCCCACUGUGGGUGCCAUUCAGACUCUUGAUUUUUUUUCCUCUACUAGUCUUGGCUCUGACAUUACAUAGCUUUUAAUGCUCAUCAUGCAUUUAUAAUUGUAAAAAA